UAUACUCGAUCAUAUGAUUGAACUCAUUUGUGUUACGUUACGAAGUGUUUCCAUCGACAGCAUGGCGUCCGUUAUCAAAGACACGGGAGAAAUUUGGAGUAGACUCUUUGAACAUCGACCAUUUAUCCAAGGGGAAAUAACUUUUUUCUUAAGAGAAUUUCAGGAAAAAAGAGACGACGGGGAGGUGGAGAGACUUUUCAAAAUACUAGAAUAUUCAACGGAACUAGAUCAGAAUCAGUUGCCUCGUGCAGAACAACUUGGAGAUUGUCAUUUACCAAGUUUAAAAGCAAAUAUCGAUGUUGCACUUAGUAUGUGCGAACGAGUACUUCAAAGACAAGAAGAAUUUGAUAGUGAUUUUGCUUUGCAACAAAACAGAGAAAUUCGUAAAGUGGAAUGGGAAAAGUUUAUAAAUGAUAUGAGUGACAAAUGCCAAAAAGUAGAUAAAGCCUUUCAGGACAAAGAAAACGAAAUCAAAGAAUAUUAUAUUGAUUUAGAAAAAAAGUUACACAUCACACCUUGA